AUGGUCGACGAGCCGCUCGCGGCCGCGGGCCGCAACGCGACGGCCGUGGACCUCGUGACGAAGCGCCGGGACUGCCGCCUGGACCGCGACAGCUUCGCGACGCGGAAGCUCGACGACCGCCUCGACGAGGCGAACUGCAAGCUCGACGGUCUGACGGGGGCGUGCGAGGCCGAGUUCGACGCCUUCCGGGGCCGCGUCGGCGCCGCGGUGACGCGCGUCCUGGGCGCGCUGGGCGGCGUCGAGUGCGCCUGGGCCUGCGGCGUCGCGGGGCCCGCGACGGCCGCGUGCGAGGACGUCGCGGACCGCGGGUCGCCCGCGCUCAAGACGUUCUCGUCCGCGGCGCUCGCGCGCGUCGCCGCGCACCGCCGCGACCUCGCGCGGGCGCGCGACGCCGAGGCGACGCGGCUCGCCGAGGAGACGGCCGCGGCCGCGGAGGCCGCGGGCCUCGAGGCCGCGGCCGCGGCCGCGCCGCCGCCGGAGCCCGCGACGCCGCCCGCGGCGUCGCCGCCGAAGCGCCGCGACUCCGUCAAGAUGCCCACGGGCCGCGCCGAGGCGCCGCCCCUGCCCACGGGCGACCGCCCCGCGCCGCGGCUCCCCGCGCGGCCGACGCCCGCGGAGCCGCCCGUGGAAAUCGUCUCCGCGCUCCACGCCUACGCGGGCCAGCGCUCGGGGGACCUGUCCUUCGCCGCGGGCGACCGCAUCACCGUCGUCUCCAAGAAGGCCGACGGCUGGUGGAUCGGCUUCGUCGACGACCCCAGCGCGAAGGGCGAGUUCCCGAGCAACUACGUCGCGCCGCCGCCGCCGCCGUGA